AUGAACGUACAUUCGAUCUCCCGCGACGCAGAUCUUUACUGGCUCGAUCUCAGUCAGUUUCGAACGAACCCGUACUUCGAGUUGUUGUUCUCCGAAGAAGGCCGCUUAGAGCAUCAUCUAGGCCGAUGGGAGAUCAGUCUACGGGCCAAGGCUACACCUGACACUAUGUUGGUCGACGACUCGGUUUCGAAUCGACUUCUUCUCCAGGCUAUCGGGUCAAUGCAGAUCGUUCAUCCGCCGUGUAGGAGUCUUGGUAUCUAUCACUUCGACGUCGAUAAGUUCAACAUAGGCCGAACACACCCGCUGUUGAGAAGACUUCGCAGAGAAGAUGGCAUUCGUGUGAUCGAUCUUAUAAGAGCAUUACACGAAUUGGCCCCUAGUCUGUCAUCAACAUGGAUGCGCUAUGCGGAGCAACUCCGUGACCAAAUCAAAGACGCGCACUGGAUAGACGACCUCUGGAAGAUCCCCGGAUCACCGAGAUUCCGAAUUUGUCUCGAUAAUGCAGAUAUGUCAGAUGAGUAUCAUCUAGAAAGUCUUUCGCGGGCGGCGUCUAUGGCGCGAUCGGCAGCCGCGGAUGUGCAAUUGGGUAUGGAUGCUCACAUCACUCGUCGACCGUACAUGUUUGCCGAGCAGUUCAGAGGAUCCAGAGAAGGCGAAUGGCUUCCGACUGAACUCUUCGAACCCAUGAAAAGCGAGACAGACCGUCAUCCAAUCGAAUGGAACAAGUGA